AUGCAAAACAACUUUAUAGCAGAGUAUCUUGCCUACCGAGAUCUAUAUCUAGACAUCAUCCUGGAAUCAGAACAAUUUAUCCGUGCUGGCCCCUGCGAGACUUGCCGAAGUGCUGAGGCCAUAUUCAGUUGUUCGACUUGCACUGGAGACCAUGGCUGGUGUUGCCCUUGCAUGAUCAAGUUGCAUCAGUCAUUACCUUUUCACAAAAUCCAAUUGUGGAUCGGGAAGUGCUUCGAGGAUGUCACUCUAGCUGACCAGGGUUUUAUAUGGUACUUAGGACACGGUGGAGAGUCUUGCCCUUGGUAUGAAGCUUCACAACUUUGUGACCAGGAGGUUGACACAUUGCCCCAUGAUACCACCCUGGUCACUAUUGUACAUUCUUCUGGGGUGUUCACGCAUAAUAUAGCAUGGUGUCAUUGCCAGGGAUCCGAUUCCGAACAGCAUCUACAGCUCCUAAGAGCUGGACUAUUUCCUGCCAGCUCCACCCGUCCCAAGACUGCUUUUACCUUCGAGGUGCUGGAUCAUUUUCUCAUUGACGCCUUGGAAUGCAAAACCUCCGCGAGGAGCUUCUUUGAGAAACUCACAAGGUUGACUAAUAAUGCAUUCCAGGAUACUGUCCCAGAUCGGUACCGUGAACUCAUGAGAGUAUCCCGACUGUGGCGGGACUUAAAGAACCGAAAAUGGUUUGGAUUCGGCCACAAUGUGGAAUCAGGGCCUGGCCCAGGAGAUCUGGCUCUCUUCUGCCCUUCGUGUCCACAGCCGGGAAUCAAUAUGCCUUUGCUGUGGGAGCAGAAGUGGCUAGUUAUGAGGAGAUUGGUAGUUGAUGGAAACUUCACUGCUCAGCAUAUGAACAUGCGUGAGCCUGAAUUAGACAUCUUCCUCUCAGAUGGUUCAGGUUACAUGGUAACCGAUGCUGAAUAUCAAGCUCACUUGAGCUCAGCAAUGGAAAGCAAAGAGAGGUCCACAUGUAGCAACCAUCGGGCAGUCAAUGCAGCAAAUGCAAACCGGAGCAACCUUCGAGCCACUGGGGUGGGUGCCACAGCUUGUGCUAGGCAUGGAUGUUUUGUUCCACACUCUGUAGUAGACUUCCAGAAGGGUGAACGGCAAGUCUUCUUUGAUUUAUUAUAUUACUCCAUAUGUGAGGGUAUUAAGCACUCUGGGGACCGAAUUGAUACCUCUCUCGUCAUUUAUGAUGUGGGGUGUCAGUGGAACCUUCACUUUGCAGAGCGUGUUGACAACUGCCCUGCCCUGACGCUCCCUGACAAUGUGGAGAUUAUAGCUGCUGUAGGGAAAUUUCAUCUCAGCGCUCAUAAACUAGCUUGUUUUGCUAGAUACAGCCUGAACUUCAUUGUUGGAGCUGCCCAGGUUGAUGGCGAAAUCAUGGAGACACUCUGGGCUCCCUUCAAUAAGAUAUCCCCAACAGCCCGUUCCAUGAGUCAAGCCCACCGUCAAGAAAUCCUUGAUGACCAUAUGCGGAACUCGAAUUGGAAAAAACUUGUUGGUAUCAUUAAGACCCUGUUACGAAAGUACAAACGUGCGGAUAAGGGCAUUGAUGACACAAGGAUUCCAUUUGAAGAUCUUACGAAAUCUUUGGAUGUCAACAAAGUCAGCUUGUGGGAAAGUGAUGAGAAACAAGCAAUGGAGCUGAGGGGGGAGCAUCUCGACAUAUACCAUCUAAGAAUAGAUAAAGCACCAACAAUGGCAGAAAUACGGCUUAAAUUAACCGAAACCGAAUAUGCUGAUACUGGCAAAUUGGGAUCGGUAUCUUGGCUUAUUGAAGGUAUCAAUUUGGAGGAUGCACAGGAUGCAUUGCGAGUAGAUAUUCGGCAGCUUCCCCAAGAUGCAUCUGCUACUCAAAAGGCUGUGGUGGCAGAGAAACGUCAAAAAUUAGCUGUCCGGAUCUCAAAAUAUCACGAAAAAACUGAUGCCAUGACGCAAGGCAUCGAAUUAAACUCAGGUACAAUGCCCAUGGAUGACAUCAGGUUUUGCACAGCAGAUACCGAGGAGCUAGGGCAAGAAGUUGGAGAUGUUGAGUUUACUUCAGAAGAGAUCGGUGAUGAAGUUCCUGCAGAAGUGAUGGGUAUUUGGAUGCCGUCAUCAAUAUCACACCAGGAUGCUCUAGCCCUUGACUUGGGUGCUCUGCGGAGCGAAGAACUCCAGUUACGGCAGGGUCAGGCAAAUGAUUGCCUAGAAAGGUUACGGCAGGCCCUUGGUCAUAAAGCAAUCAUUUAUCGGCAACACUUCCGGAGUUCGGAUUCUACCUGGGUGGGCACCAGGUCAAAGCAAGAGGCUUUUCGGUGCCGAAUAAAAAUAGAUAAGUGUGUUCGAAGUUAUCAAAGGGCAAGGGAUGCCAUGGGGAGACUAGGGGUGGAUGAAGAAACUCUCAGGAAUGUUUAUCAACAAAUUCAGCCCAACCAGCUCACCGUAAACCAGGAAGUGACAGAGGAGAAUAGAUAUGGUCAGGGAUCAGACAGACUAGCUUGGUUUUGGAGGGUCAACAAUGGUGGUGAUGUUCACCAAGACUUGUGGAUGGAUGAAUUCUACAGGGUCAAUUGGUUAAAAGCUAAGGCUAGGUGGCAAAGGUGGGAGGAGGAAUUAAAUUUGGUUCGGCAUGAGAUGGGUUGGACGGUUGGCUGGUUUAGGCACAAGAUGGGUGAAUGGGACAAAAGAUAUCAACAAGCCACAAGGCUUGGGCAUCAAGCUUAUGCACAACGGCAGGUGCUCUUAUGGGAAAGAUUUGUGCUCAAUGCAGAGAAUUCAUUCAAGGACAAGAUGAUUAUGGUAUCUUAA